AUGAUCAUAAAUACGAUACGAAAAAACAAACCAUGUACUUUACAAAAAGAAGAAAUUCCCAUAACAAUUCAUUUGAUUUAUAAUCCAGUAGAGAUUAAUCUUAUGGAUACUUCAAUCAACAACUAAAAUAUGUACAUUAUAUAUUAUGCCAAGUGUGCAGUUGAUUAUUAUGAUGUUGCGAUGCCCAAAUACUCUUAGAAAGGUUAUUCAACUCCUGUAAGAAAACUCAAACAAUCUCCUAAAAGGAUUAAUUCAUAUCAUUUCCAUUCACAUCCAAAACCAACUUGUCAAACUCUUAAAUUUGAAGGCUAUAUUUCCAGAGAAUCCCCCUUCAGAAACUGGAUAGGAAACAUGAAGGCGUAGUCAGCAUCCAGAGUAUCUCAAAUUUAACGAAUUCAUGUAAAUUUCAUAUACAUAAUACAGAAUUAAGUAAAAAUUAUAGAAAAAAACCAAAAAAGCGAAUCAUAUCAACUUUAAGAAUAUUUGAAUGCAGUUAAUGAUAGGAUUUAAUGGAACUCACUUCCUAAGGUCUUCAAUUAUCAAAGAUGUUAAACCCCAGACAUUUUAAAAGGAGCUAGAGAACGAGCAAAAAGAUUUUGA